CUGCUGGAGUCAGUGAAACAGACACGGAGCGGGUGCGCGUUUCAGCUCAGUUGAUGUGAAUGAGAGCAAUAUUUUUGGAAAUACGCGUAAACACUGGGGACGUGCAACGCAAGGGACGCAUCUGAAUGAGGUUAUAGCAGCAGCAGCAGCAUUCCUUGGGGAACACGAGAGAAGCCUUGUGAAUAUUUGGUGAAGCAGGAGCAGAGACGACACCUGAUCUCCCGAGCCUUCGCCUUUCAUCCUUUCCGGAGUGUCAGAACAAGAUGGGGAAUGGAUUAUCAGAGCCCCAUGCCAUCUUUCCCCGUUUGCCGUCUUUUCAAGCCCUGCACAUUGUUAUUCUCGGGUUGGACUGUGCCGGUAAGACCACCGUGUUGUACCGGCUCCGUUUUAACGAGUUCGUAAACACCGUUCCUACCAAGGGCUUUAACACGGAGAAGAUCAAAGUGACUCUCGGUGGGAAAGGACGGACGGCGACGUUUCAUUUCUGGGAUGUUGGUGGUCAGGAGAAGCUCAGGCCUCUUUGGCGUUCCUACACGCGGUGCACGGACGGCCUCGUCUUCGUGGUAGACUCGGUAGACGUGGAGCGCAUGGAGGAGGCCAAGACGGAGCUCCAUAAGAUAACAAGGCUUCAGGAGAACCAGGGAGUGCCCGUUUUAGUGGUGGCUAACAAGCAGGACCUGCGCAACGCUUUGCCACUGUGCGAGGUGGAGAAGAUGUUGGCGCUGAAUGAGCUCGGCUCUCACACACCCUGGCACCUCCAGCCGGCCUGCGCCAUCAUCGGAGAGGGUCUACAGGAAGGCUUGGAGCGGCUCCAUUCCAUGAUCAUCAAGCGGAGGAAGAUGAUGAGGCAGCAGAAGAGGAAAAGAUGACUUUAGUGAUGUUUUAUGAGCAGGACGUGAUGGUAAAGAGGUCCUCGGUCGCCUCUGUGAUGGCUCGGCUAAUACCCGAGGGACUUUGUUGCCCUCCGCUUCUGGAAUUAUAAUUUCAGCCGACUGAGUUUUAUCAGUCAGAUGGUGCAGUUGUGUCCCACAGCUAGGGGAUUGUAUUGAUGUAACACUUUGGAUUGUCACAGAGAGGAACAUGUGGAACUUUUACAUAAACACUGUGUUACGCAAUGCUGUCAGGUGGUACAUGGAGUUCUGUUGAAGGACACUGGGCUUGAACUUGAAAAUGACAAAGACAGAGUUAGUCUUUGUGUCUUAUGUGUUACACAUCUACUAAUAUCUUAGCAUUUUACCAACAA